ACCAACUGAAAAAGGUUUUGGAACAAAAUGAUGAUUUUGAUAAUUUUUUCCUUGCCAUUUCACGUCAAAGGUGAAGGUGGCUGUAGAGACCUUAAGUUUCUCAAAUGCAUCGAGAACAAAACCUUGACAGGUCACGUGAUCAGUACGAUCAAGAUGGCAACUCCAGCUCUACAACUGUGUCAGAAUAAAUGUUUUCAAGAAGGCAAAUGUGUGUCGUAUAACUUGGGUCCAGUACUUGGACAUGCGAGGUCGUGUGAGUUGAAUGCCGCUGACCACUCGACUCGGCCGAGUUUCUUUGUCAACAAGAGAGGCUAUGAAUAUUGUCCAAUCAAGAAUCCAUGCUUAUCAAAUCCUUGUCCAGCAGGAAGACUUUGUACACCUGAUUUUGCCUGGAAUACAUACAACUGUGAUGAUGGAGGUUGGAGCCAGUGGAGUCCUUGGAGGUUUUUGUUAUGUUCUCUACCAUCGAUAUGUGUCCCGACUAGGACACGGACUUGUACGAGUCCAGCUCCUCAAAGUAAUGGAGCUAACUGUAUCGGAUCAAGCAAAGAACACAAAACAUGCAAUCCUCUCCCAGUUAUCGACAUUUCUGGCUGUAAAAGUCCAUUAGGGAUGGAAGAUGGGCGGAUUAAAGAUGAACAAAUUAAUGCUUCAUCAUAUACAGGGUCUCAAAUACACGCAGCAAGGAAUGGCAGGCUUAAUAAACAACGUGACAGCAAGGGUAUCGGAGGAUGGGCUGCUGGCAGAUCGAUGAUUGGAGAGUUCAUCCAGAUUGACCUUGGAAGUACUAAUGUCAUCACCAUGGUAGCCACACAGGGGAGAAAUAGUACAAGGUUCUUACAGUACGUGACCCUGUACUCACUAUCGUAUAGUAAUGAUGGGAAUAAUUGGAAAGAAUAUUUUGGAGAUUGCACAAAGGUCUUUACUGGUAAUUACGACCAAAACACUGUCGUGACUAACGAGCUUGAAGUACCAAUCAAAACCAGGCACAUCAGACUGAUUGUGAAAGAUUUCAAACGGCAUGCAACUGUACGAAUAGAGCUUUACGGCUGCGCUGAGCUUCCCACCUAAUGACCACUUUAGCUAUAUAAGAAACCCCUUCAAAAGACUUUUAGCCAGCAAAUCGUUCCUCGUUAUGUCAGCACCAUUUUUUAACCAUGUUAUGUAUGUCAUACGUYAUAGUUAUGGUCUAAACUGUGUUCAAUGCAUGAUGUAAGUAAAAUGAUCGUCGUAGUAACAUCUAUUAGAUUUUUUAUGAAUGAAAUUGUGACAAUAUAUGGUGGAUUCAUACUUCAAAGUURAUAAGAACAUAUAUGGGAAAUGACCAAUUGUAAUGUGUCAGGAAGGACGUAUAUMACUCUUGACAAUAAAGUGUCAGAUCUGUGAUCCUAGGUAGUGGAGCCAAACUCUUGUGUUGAGGRAAAAAAAACAAAAGAGUUUGACUCUGCUAUGUAGUGACAGCCUAUCUCAUGUAAACACUACAUAUACAUGUAAAAAGAAUAAAAUAUGA